CUGGCGUCAGGCGAAGAAGAGGCGCGUUUUCAUCGCGCGCAUCAGCUUGUUUUUUCAUAUCAUUUUGAUAUGGCGUAAAUAAACCUCAGUAUCAAUAAUACACAUUUAUAUUGAUCUGUUUGAUGCUGACCUUCGAAAAGCGCACGUGUGUGACAUUAUGUUGACAAACAAAACGUAACAUGGAGGAGUAUUUAGAGAAAUUUAAGGAGCGCACGAGAUCGGAGCAGCGCUGGCUGUGUGAGGUGUUUGAGGGUGUGAGACAGCAGCUGUAUCCCCUCAUCAGCUCAUCUGUGGGUUUGUCUGUGGAGCAGCUCACUCUCUCUGUGCUGUCUAAAGUUCAUAGAGCCGUGGGGUCAGAGGUCACGUCUCUACCCGUCAGCUACAGGUUUGUGUCGUUGUCGGAGUUGACGCGUAAGCAGCACACCCCAUGCUGCUGCAGCCUCACAUGGAGCUCCGCCCACUACCGGGAGCAGGCCAGGAGGGCGGAGCAAGCGCUGCCCAAUCACAGAGCGCUGGCGCGCGAUAACAUCCUUCUGAUGGGGUAUCUGUAUGACGGGUCGGCUGCAGGGGCGAGUGAUGGGGGCUGGUGGGUGAGAGACGCCGGAGGCGCUGUGUCAUGUCUGAUGGUAAAAUCCUCUCCUCUGUGGCUUGGGAGGCUGAUGCUGUUUCCCACGUGGAACUACAUUCCCCAGAAUGCACCUGCAGGAGGAGGAGGUUACCUGGAGCUAAUCGACCCUCCAGUUUGUGUGACACCUGAGGCCAUGACCUUUGACCCAGGAGGAUCCCUGACUGAGGCCAUGAGUGUGAAGAGAGUGGCUGAACUUCUGAAGCAGAGUGACAGGUGUGAUACUCUGGUGUGUGUCAGUGGGCAGGUGAGUGUGAUCUCCCCUCUGCUCUUGAUCUCUGGCAGGAGAUUUUUUUGUCUCAUUCUCAGUGAGGGAGAUUCUGCAGCUCCUGUGCUGAUCACGGAAGCCAAACAUCAGUACUGGCGGCAGUGUGUUUGCGUGGGUCAGUAUAUUUGCAUAUCUACAAUGCGGGUGUGUUCUCUUCGAGGGUGGGCGGGGCAUCAUGUGCUGUCAGUCACCGCUCAGUCCCGCCUCCAUCCACACGUGCAGCCGCAACAGAGCUCUGAAGAUCCAGACACACACCUGAUGGACACAGACUCGCACGCACCUGACACACACAUGACUUCACACACAGCAUCGUGCUCGACCACUUCAGUCAGAAAAAAAAACUCAACCCUCAUCAGCUACAGGGGUUUGAUCACAAAGGUCCUGCACGCAGAGGCGGGGCUUUAUGAGAUUGACGGAAAGGUGGGGCUCUGUCUGGCCUAUCAGCCGCUUCAGGAAUGUGGCGGCGGGCUGAGACCAGGAGCAGAGAUUCAGCUACACAACGUUCAUUUCUUGUAUCGGCCGUCCCCGUUCGCACCGGAUGUGAUUCUGUGCGCUUGUCUGCGCUCCAGCGCUCAGGUUAGCGCCUUUAGUCCUCUGAGUUCCAAGUCAGAGGUGGGGGGGUCACACAGCCCGCUGCAGCGCCACCUGCUGGAGAAGAAUCUGGGCGUGUCCCAGUAUCUGUGGCUCUGUUACUGUCAGCGUGUCAUCACAGAGAGGUUGUGUCCACGCUGGGUGAGAAAGGAGCGUGUGUGUGUGGUGGCCGGGCGACUGCUGGACUGUGUGUGUAAUGCUGAACAGAAGACAGACAGAAAGAGAGACAUCUACAGAGAGAUGCUACAGGAACCCCACCUGUGUCCCGUAACCACGUAUUGUGUUUCGUGGCCGUGUGUGGUGUUGUGGUCAGUGCGACAGCUCUGUGAUUGGAUGAGCAGUGAUGUUUGGUCGUCUCUCUCUCUCUCAUCUCUCGUGUCACCGGCGGCGGCUCACAUGACGUGUGCGGAGCUAAACGCGUGUCUGUCGUGGUCCGUUCACAGUGUGAGUCUCACUGCAGCUCAUUCACAGCCGCUCAUGUUAGUGGGAGUUCUGGAGCUGAACUCAUCUCACGCCACGCUUCAGAUCAAAGAUCAGACACAAACACUUGACUGUGUGUGUGUACAGACCGACCAAUCAGGAGCCACCACAAACUCCAACAUCAGCACAGCCUGGUUGGGUUGUCUAGUGUGUGUGCAGCGCUGUACUCUAGUAAUGGAGAGAUCAAUGAAGACAAAUUUCCCCUCCUGGACACACCUCGACCAGCCGAACUACAUCACACACAAACACUGCAGGCUGUAUCUUCAGUUCUGUGUCAGUGAUCUGAUUAUCAUCAGUCCGUCUGCUGCCAUGAGUAUCAGUCUGAUGGAGAAGAAGAGAGAUCAGACAGACAGAAGAGAAACUGAUGGUGAUCCUCUGAGGUCAGCGUGUGUGAGUCUCAUCUUCAGACUGAACUCUAAACAGGGUGUGAUGUUCAGAAACACAUCAGUGUCUGCAGACCCUCACACACUCCAGAUGGGAUUCAUGGCCACGGUCUUGUGUCUGGGAGAUGUUCAGAUCUGGAACAACGAUCCAAAGAACCGGAGGAUACAGACGAGAGAGACAGAUGGACCCCAGACAACGAUGGAUCUGCACUUUGGAGAUGUGUGUGUUCGAUGGUUCCCGGUUCUGCAUCCUGGGUCUGUUUACAGAUUAAUUGCACAUAACACAGAGGAUGUGAGUGUGUUGAAAGCCGAGAGCAUUUCAGCCAGAGGCGGAGUCAAACUGCUCAGUAACCCCGCCCUCCUGAUGAAGCAUCAGUGGCGCUUACACACACUCACACACACAGAGCAACUGCUUGACACACAGUCAGAUGUUGGUGCAGUGAUGAGUGUAUCUAAAGUUCUUCACUCCAGCUCCACCUCUGAGAUCGUCUCUUUUUAUGGAGUUAUUUGUCAGCGAAUCACAUUGCAGGAAGAGGUGGGAACAAAACCCAACAUCCAAUCAAUGACUGCGACUAAAGACAGGAGUGUUGUGGAGGAGGGUCUGAAGAUCCGUUUGACCGUUCAGGACUCUGAAUCGUCCGGUCACAUGAUUCAGGUGUAUGUGGAUUUGUCGUGUGGGCCGUACACACCUGGACUGCUGCAGGGGGCGACUGUAAUCCUGCAGGACUUCCAGCGCAAAGUGUCCAAAGCGUGUAACGUGUACUGCCGCUCUCUGCCCAUCAGCUGUGUGACCGUCACUGGUCUGGGGUCAGUCAGCUCAGGGUCAGGUGGGUCCAAGUCCCCUCCUCCCAUGAUGCUGUUGGGCGAGUGGGCAUCAGGCAGGACACAGCAGUGCAUUGUGGGUCAAGUCAAAGGUCACAUUGUGUGCGUUUUGUCUCUAAGGUUGCAGUGGAUGUGUUCACUGUGUGGCAGUGCCUUCAAACAGGGUUCCUGUAGCAGAGGUCAGCCCCCGUGUGACUCUAGCUGCAGUGUGUUCCAGGCCGAGGCUAAGGUGGCGGUGGAGGACGGCUCAGGUGAAGCUCUCGUCUGGUUUUCAUCUGACACCGUCUCCGAACUGCUGACGUUGGACGCGGUUCAGUGGGAGGGGCUUCAGAGACACGCCAGAGUCAAAGGUCAUGUGAGGGUGUACACACGCGGCCACAGCAUGAUGUGUGAUGUGGACCCUGAGGAUCCUCUUGUUCAGUUUUUGUGCUGUUUGUGCUCCAGUAACACAGUGUGUCGACAAAUCAAGCUCACGUGCAGACUGCGAGCACAGAGAACAGGGAAAUGUCAGCUGAGGAAAGUGUGUCGAGGACCCACAGAAUUCAUCAGUAAAUUCCCACCUGCUCCUCAGCUACAAUGCCUACAGAUACACACAGACACACACUGACACACACAGACGUGUCAUCAGGCAUCUUUUUGUGUGCACAUGAAAGCAGUGAUGUAAACUCACUGAAUUUGUGUGUGUUUCAGUUGUAAUGUAAAUCAUGACUCUUGUGUAUUUAUUUAUUUGUGUAAUAUUGCAGGGAUUCUGUGAUUCUUUGUUUUAUUUAUUUUGUAACAAACCAAACAAAGCAGUUGUCCAAACGCUGCUAAGUUGUUUUCGUGUGUUGAAUGUGUAAUGGUUUUUAUAGAAAGCAGUGUCUUUUUUCAAAGCUUGUGUACCUGUCUUGUGUUUGAGUGUGAAAUAAAGUGAAACGUGUUCUGUUUUAAGCUUUCA